AGGGAAAGCCGGAUCCGGGCGGCCUUAGGCUUAGGAGUUAGGAUCAGACAAACAAAGGCCGGUAUUGGAUAAGGAGCAUAUGGGACCCAUUCUCCCAUUGAAAUUCUGGUCGAAGUCCCUGACCCCAGUUCCACACUCCACCACACAAAAACAGCACCAAACCCACCGUAACAAAAAGCCCUAACUUUCUCCUCUCUGCAACCGCUAUUGCAACAACUUCUUUCUCACUGUCCAAGGACCUUAGAUUUCAUCGAAUCUAAAAGGAAAAAAAAAAAAAGCCGGGUCGACCCCAUGACCCGAAGCCCGAUCCAUGUUGACCCGGGAUGUUCCUUCAUGUGCUUUGAUCUUUUUAAGGUGUGAGUUAUGGUCAUCUACGUGGUUCUGGAGGGGAAUUGGUGAUGACGGGUUGCUGACUCACUUCAAUUUUUGGAUUUUAAUCGAGCUUAUUUAGACUUCUGGAUCAUGUUGUUUAGUGCGUAUUAGCUUAUUUGUGUACGAAGUUUAAGAGUUUUUGGAAUGUGGGUUGAUUAGACUUUUGGGAGGAUAUAAGUGCCAAAUGCAAAUCUUUAGUGUUCAUUAGGUUAUAUUUUUGCGUAUAAAAUCUGCAAUUUUGGGAUUUUAUGUUGUUCGGUGUAGAGAACUGGAAGCAAAUUGGAUGUUUUUAGGUACAUUGUUAAGUUAUUAGCAUAUUUGGAGGUGAAGUGCGUUGUUAAGUUAUCAUUUAAUUUUAGAGGGUUAGGAGUAAGGAGGUAUCAAUGUCGUUUAAGAGCAUCAUCCAGGACAUGAAGGGGGAGUUGGGGAGUAUAUCCAGAAAAGGGUUUGAUGUAAAGUUUGGGUAUGGUAUGAGAUCAAGGUCACACAGGGUAGUUCAGGAUAGCUCAGUUACAGUUGAUGCAUUCAAGCAGAGUUGUUGGGCAAACAUGCCACCUGAACUGUUAAGGGAUGUGUUGAUGAGAAUAGAGGCAUCAGAGAGUACUUGGCCUCCACGAAAGAAUGUUGUUGCUUGUUCUGGUGUAUGUAGGAAUUGGAGAGAGAUUAUGAAGGAAAUUGUGAAAACCCCAGAAAUUUCAGGCAAGUUGACAUUCCCGAUCUCAUUGAAGCAGCCUGGUCCAAGGGACUCCCUCCUUCAGUGCUACAUAAAGCGGAAUCGUAGCAACCAAACAUAUUAUCUUUACCUUGGCUUGAAUCAGGCUUCAAAUGAUGAUGGAAAGUUCCUUCUUGCUGCAAGGAAGUGCCGCCGUCCUACCUGCACUGAUUAUAUUAUCUCAUUAAAUGGUGAUGAUGUGUCAAAAGGAAGCAGUACCUACAUCGGAAAAUUGAGAUCAAACUUUUUGGGGACCAAAUUUACAGUCUAUGAUGCACAGCCUCCAAAUGCUGGAGUGAAAGUUACUAAAAGCCGCUCCACCAGGCUAAUUAAUAUGAAGCAAGUUUCCCCUCGAGUCCCGGCUGGCAACUACGCUGUAGCCCACAUCUCAUAUGAAUUGAAUGUCCUGGGUUCUAGAGGUCCAAGGAGAAUGCAGUGCGUCAUGGAUGCCAUCCCAGCCUCUUCUAUUGAGCCUGGAGGUGUUGCUCCCACACAGACUGAAUUCCUACACAGUAAUCUGGAUACCUUCCCAUCCCUACCGUUCUUUAGAUCAAAAUCAACCCGUACAGAGAGUUUCCAAUUGGGACCUUUAUCUGGCCAGAAAGAUGGAAUGCUAGUGUUAAGGAAUAAGGCACCUAGGUGGCAUGAACAACUCCAGUGCUGGUGCCUGAACUUCAAUGGACGGGUGACAGUUGCUUCGGUCAAAAAUUUUCAGCUGGUUGCAUCUCCAGAGAAUGGAGCUACUGGGCAGGAGCAUGAGAAUGUCAUUCUCCAGUUCGGUAAAGUGGGGAAGGAUGUAUUCACUAUGGAUUAUCAGUAUCCAAUCUCAGCUUUUCAGGCAUUUGCCGUAUGCCUUAGUAGCUUCGACACUAAGAUUGCUUGUGAGUGAUUUGCAAACAGGUUUUGCCAGAUGCAAAAUAGUUGGUUUGGAGGGUAGUUGUCAUGCUACGGACUUGGAAUGUUCUGUUACAAAAAAUUUCUAGGUACUUCAGUGCUUUCUGGUUUCUAUAUGAGCAGUUAGGAUUUAACGUUUAUUUUAGUUCUUUGCUGUACAUAUAACCGUUUGUAUUAAGAGCGAGAUAUGACCAUGCUGUCGGUUCCGUGCUUUGCUAACAUGCUCGUCUCUUUGAUCACUGAGUGAGAAAACUAGAAAUCUGUUGAGUGGUUUCUUGAUUUGUUAAUGGGAUUCCUUGUUGGAGACUUUUGUCCAUUUUAAAUGUCCACUUCCUCAUUUUGCAAAUUGUGCCUCUUAAAUGUUAAAUCAGAAAUUCUUUUGA